AUGUCCGACGAAGAAGAUGACUACCUCUCGGACAAAUUCCUCGUCGCUGCUGCCUCCACAUCUACGUCCGUCGCGCCCAAGACGUAUGCGCAGCGGCGCAAGGAGGCGCAGGCCGCCGCCGCCGCACGGAACGCGGAGAACCGCAAACUGGGUGCGCGUGCGGCGCGCGAGGACGCGUUGAGCCGCAGCCUGUUCGAGCGUGCGCAGGAGGAGGCGCGCGAGAGCGGGCAGCAGAACAAGGCGUUGGCGAUGAUGAUGAAGAUGGGCUUCAAACCCGGGCAGGCGCUUGGGAAGGAGGAGGAGGCUAAGGCGAACAAGGGCGAGGAUGGGGAGGAGGCAGAGGGGAGUGGCGCGCCCGCGGUGCCUGCGCAGGCAUCUGAGCAGGAGGAGGAUGAGCCGAGGCGGGCUGGUAUAGGUGCUAGACAGAGACCUAAGGUGGACGCGGAUGAGGAGGCUGAGAAACCGCAAGCCACCUCCUCAGGCCACCGCAUAGUGCCAAUCGGAAUUAGUGAAUGGGAAGGUAAGAAGGGCAUCGGGCUCCGGAAACGAGCCGCGUCCCCCAGCGCGCCGGAGCGGCGCGCGAAGAUGGCGAAGAUGGCAGAGGACCGCGACCACACGUCCUUCCGCGACCGCGCGCGGGCGGAAUACGAGGAACGACGUGCGGUCGGGCAGCUCGGGCCUGCACAACGGACGUGCGCGACGCUCGAUGAGAAGGCCGGUAUCGAGUUCAACGUGCUCUGGUUGAGCCCGGAGCACCCGGAGACGUUCCCAGAGGGUCUUCUCGAUGCGCUCGACGACCCCGUGCUCGUCGCGACCAUCCAGCGACAACGCGCGGACCACUCGCUCGAGGGCCGGCUGCGCGCGAAGAUGCAGGCCGACGCGCUGCGUCCGCUGAAAUCAACGCUCGACGACGUAGAUGCAGACGCGGACGAUAGUAGCGCGGACAAAGCAGAGCUCCUCAAGGCGCCGUACUCUGAGGAGGAUCUCGGAGAGGCACUGCAAUUCUUACGGCUGAACCCCCGGGACCGGCUAACGCUCGUACUCGACUACCUGCGGCGCAAGUACACGUACUGCUUCUGGUGCGGCACGCAGUACGACGGACUCGAGGACAUGGAGAGCAACUGCCCGGGCGCAGAGGAAGAUGCGCACGACUGAGCUCAUGGCUCGCCCACCACGACUGAUGCGCGUGCGGACAGAUAUGUGGCACGCCGCACCGCUACGGUGCGUUGGGGAGGUGCACACAGAUCGGUUGGUUGGAUGGCUGAUGCAGCGGCAGACCGCUGCUGGGGUCUUCGCCGUUGUUGUAUUUGUGAUGCGCGGGGGCGCCGAGUAGCUAGAGAAGCUGUACAGUAGCAGCAGUAGCAGAUCACUAUAACGACUGUAUCCCGGCGCCUGGGCGCGCGAAGCAACUAUGAUAGGGUGGUUGCGAUGUGGGGCGCGCGAUCGCGACGCGCGCGCGCGUGUGGUUCUGUGGGGGUACGGGGCGGUGCUAUGUACCGGGGGGAAUGCAAGACGCCGACGCUAAUGCAAGCGGAAUAGCAUGUACACACAACAGUCCGAGGGUGGUAUGGGAGGGGCGCACACCACGAGCGGUGGCGGAGCUCAGGGAGGGGAUGGGGGAAUCAAAAUCAGCGUGGGCGAAAGCAGUACAGGAGAUAGCGGAGCGAGCGUGAGCACGAAGAGUGGGUGGCGAGUGGUGUGCGCGGGAGGGGAGGAGGUAAGGACAGGGGCCGGGCGCAGGCCAGCAAAUAGGGACUCGAAGGAGUGUGGGUGUAGCGGUAGGGCUUGGGUGGAAUGAUGGGGCAGGCAGUGUCCGGAGCCAAGAAGCAAAAGUCCACUAGGGGGUAUAGCGAGGGAGACUUCCCUUGCACUAUCGUACAUUAGAUGAUACGACUUUUACUGAGACCCACCGAGUGGUGAUGGAGUUGUAGGAUGAUGCAGAUGCGGAUGCAAGAUUGGUGGGAGUGGGGAAGGCGGAGGUGAGCGUCGAAACGCUUCAUGCAAUGGGGGCGACCUGGAGUCGAGCAGCAUCGUCCGGGGCGAGCGGCGCGCAUACAGCGAUGCGCGGAGAGGUAGCCGGGUCGAAAUAACGCGACUGCCAUGGCGGACUCGAGAGGACGUGCGGCGACUGACCGAGGCGGUACGAGUUGUCUGGAAUGGCGUCCAUCUCAUCUUCCUCGCUAUCCGACGACUGAGUCGUAAACGAGGCGGGCGAGAGAAGGGUAGGAAGUGCCGGGAUUGUAAGCGGAUGCGCCGUGGCGGUCGCAGUCUCGCGGUCUCGCGCAAAAGUGGGAGACGUCGGCGAGUUCUGCGGGGUCUUGCGGCGGACGUAGGAGGAGAUAGGGGUGUAUGCCAUGAGGUCGGCAUCGGAGAGCGGGAGGUUUGCUGGACGCCGGGCGCGACGACCGCGGAAGGAGGUGCUUAUGGGCGAGAGACGCGGUGACGUCGAGAGGGCUCGAAUAGGCCUCUCGUAUGUCCUUUCCGCAUUGAGGACGGGCAUACUUGCCUUCCUCGAAUGGCUGAUGGACCCAUACGGGGAAUAUCUGGUGGUGGCCCUCGACCGACGAAUGUCGCAGGGCACGUCCCUCUCUGGGGAGCCCUCGUGGGACGAGACGACGAUUGCGGGGGACGGGGAGUGCGCGAAAGAAUAAAUAUUGCUGGUGGAUGGUGGUACAAUGCUUGAAGAUGCCGACAAGUGCGAGAUAGACGAGGAAUGCGAGGACGAGCGCGAGUGGCGGGAAGCAGACUGGCUGGGCUCGGAGGAGUCGGUGGGGUCGCCGAGGCCGAGGGUGGCCAUGAGCUCUACGAAGGACGGAAGGGUGGUGGCCAUACGGACGGCGGUGGGAGAGAGAGGAAGAGAGGGAGGGUGAAGAAAAAGCCUUGGGGAGGGCCGGAUGGGGGAGGCCUGAACAAUAGCGGGGGCGGGGAGGGCGCCAUGUUAUAAUGAGGAGGGCGCCUUGGAAACGAGCCGAGAGAAAUGGUUGCCAUGAGUUGAGGAGAUUGGGAGAUCGGACUGUCAUCGCGCCGCAACCACUACGCCCAACACGCCCCCAUUCCCCCGUCCUCUCCCACCUCCCGUCCCUAUCCUCCAACAAUCUGUCCUCUGUCGCGGGUGCCCGACAUAUCAUCCAAUCACCCCGCCCACCCGUGCACACACCAGCGCUCUGGUACCACCCCUCGGCGUCCUGUCUCUCACCUGCUCCUGUAUCCACACAACCUGUAGUCACACUGAGACCGCCCGCG